AUGAAGUUCGGGCAGCAGCUUCGUCAGUCCUUGAUUAAAGACUACUAUUGGCAUUACAUUGCCUAUGACGAACUCAAAAAUGCCCUCAAGAAACCCUUCGUUAACGGCAAGAACGGCGAGCGCGAGCCUUGGACGGACGAUGAUGAAGCGGCAUUCAUCCGACAGCUCGAAGGCGAGCUCGACAAAGUCUACACCUUCCAGAAGCUCAAGAGCCAAGAGAUAGUAUCGAGGAUCAAGGCUGCCGAGGCCGAAGUCAGACAGGUGAUUGAACGGCAAGAGAACCAGGGCUCGUCCGAUGUCGAAAGCGACGAGGAUCUGGAACAGGACUUUGAACUGCUCGAGGCCGACCUCAGCGACAUCAUCGCUGAUGUCCAUGACCUGGCAAAGUUCACCCAGCUGAAUUAUACUGGUUUCCAGAAGAUCAUCAAGAAGCACGACAAACAGACGGGUCUGAUCCUACGGCCUUCCUUUGCGACCAGACUCAAAGCGAAGCCUUUCUUCCAAGACAACUACGAUGCCUUUAUCGUCACUUUGUCCAAACUCUACGACCUCGUAAGGACCAGAGGCCACCCUGCGAAAGGCGACAGCUCUGCAGGUGGUUCUCAACAGAACUUCGUUCGACAGACCACCAAGUACUGGGUACACCCCGACAACAUUACAGAACUUAAGCUCAUCAUCCUGAAGCAUCUGCCCGUGCUGGUCUUCAACCCCAAUAAAGAGUUUGAAGAUAAAGAUUCCGCCAUAUCUUCCAUCUAUUAUGACAACCCAGAGACAUGGGAACUUUACGAGGGUCGACUGAAAAAGACCGAAGGGGCAGAAGCCAUCCGUCUGCGAUGGUACGGCGGGAUGGAGAAUGAAACAAUCUUCGUCGAGAGAAAGACACACCGAGAAGACUGGACCGGUGAAAAAUCGGUCAAGGCUCGCUUCACGCUCAAGGAGAAGAACGUGAAUGCUUUUUUGGCUGGCAAGAUGACGGUCGAAGAGGCCUUCGCAAAAAUGAGAAGAGACGGCAAGAAAAGCAUCCAGGAGAUCGAAGAUCUUGAACAGCUCGCCCGAGAAGUCCAAUAUCGAGUCAUCACCAGAAGACUGAAACCGGUCUGCAGAUCAUUCUACCACCGUACAGCUUUCCAGCUUCCUGGCGAUGCCCGAGUCCGCAUUUCGCUGGACACCGAGUUGACCUUGAUUCGGGAAGACAACCUUGAUGGUAGACAAAGAGCCGGCAACAACUGGCGGCGAAUGGACAUUGGCAUUGACUGGCCAUUCUCUCAGCUUCCCCCGGAGGACAUUGAGCGGUUCCCCUAUGCUGUCCUGGAAGUCAAGUUGCAGACACAAGCAGGUCAAGAACCGCCUCAGUGGGUUCGUGAUCUUACUGCCAGCCAUCUCGUGGAAGCCGUGCCGAAAUUUUCCAAGUUCAUCCACGGCGUGGCCACCUUGUUCCCCACGCGCAUAAACCUCCUUCCCUACUGGUUACCGCAGAUGGACGUCGAUAUCCGCAAACCCAUCACCCAUCGAUUCGGUAUCGAACGGCCCGCGAACACGGCCAGCUAUUCCACUAGUGACGUUGAUGACGAUGAUGUAGAUUCCGACGACGAGCAAGGGGACGGUCAAACUACGGGAAGGACUACCCCCUUCGUGGACGGGUCAACCAACGGCGACGAUGAACAAACGAUAAGGUUGAAGGCCGCCAGGCGUGCUCUGAACGAGCAUAGCCGUGCCCAAGAGGAAGACAGCCGACAGAAUGGAGAUGCCAACGCCGCUCCUGGCAACUCUCUGGAUGAGGAAGAGCGGGUGGCCGCACUUCCCCUGGGGGACGAAGAAUACAUCUACGACUCGGAGGCGGAUGAAGAAGACGAGAAUGAGCUUGAGGAGGCACGUCAUUCGAAGUCGUGGAGAUACUAUCCCUUGCUGGUGAAACAUCACGUCCAACAAGCGGGCGACGCACUCGUUCGAACCUUCAGAAAGGUCCCAACCUCGACUCCUCUCCCACAAAACGGCGGUGUCGGCAGCGUCAACCCGCUAGGCGGGCAGAUCCAAGUCAAGCGAUUCAAAGCGCCCCCUGGCAAACGGAUCCACGUCCCCGUCCGAGUCGAGCCGAAAGUGUACUUCGCCGCUGAAAGGACGUUUCUGUCCUGGCUGGAAUUCAGCAUCAUCCUCGGCUCUAUCGCCGCCACGUUGUUGAAUUUCGGUGACGGCAUCAGCCUCGCCUCGGCCUGGGGCUUUACCAUUGUCGCAUGCGCCGCAUUGGUCUAUAGUGUGGUCAUCUACUACUUGCGCGUGCAGAUGAUUCGGAAACGUAGGGCGAGUAUUUCCCGGUAUUAUGACAAGUACGGCACCACGGCGCUGUGCAUGGGUCUGUUUGCGGCGACGGCGGUCAGUUUUGGCUUCAGGAUCAGAGAAGAUGGAUGGUUUGGAUGA